AUGCUAAGUUUAUAUCUUAGAUUUGUGUUACAAUUCAUUUUUAUUAUCUAUUGUAUAGUUAAUUUAAUAUUAGCAGACAAUUCAUCAUCUUAUAAUCAAUGUCAAUCUAAUUGGUAUUAUCUUCGAGAAGAAACAAUUUGUCUUACAUUUGCAACAUCACAAGCAGGUGAUGUAUCAUGGUAUAAUGGUUAUAAAGCAUGUCAAACAAGUUCUGCACAACUUUUAACUUUUUCGAAUUCAAUCAAAUUUCAAUCAGUUCAAAAAAAAAUUCAUGAAUUAGAAUAUGAUGAUCAAAUCUAUUUAGAUUAUAUUCAACGAGGUGCAUGGAUUGGAAAUGCUAAAUGGUCAAAAGAUGAUUUAUGUGAUAGUACAAGUACAACAAUUGAAGAUCUUCAAUUAAAUUGUAUAAUAUUAACAAUACGUUCAAAUAAUCAAUCGUUAUGUCUGAAACGAGUAUCAUGUAGAGAAAAACAUCCAUUUAUAUGUCAAAAGAAAGCAAUGACUGAAAAAGAAUUAGUUGAAAGUACUAUGGAAAGAUUGAACUUUUUGAAAUGUAUUAUAAUUAUAUGGUGUAUUAUUGAUCAUAAAAAACAAAAAGAUAAAGAAAACAAAGAAGCUCUUGAAGCUGUCCUUGCAUUAAAUCAAGCUUUACAAUUACAGAUAUAUGUAAAUCAAUUUGAUUUUGAGUUACCACAAGAGUUACAAUUGAAUGCUGAUGAAGAAACUUCUAUGCUGCCAAAUGUAGACAAAUUUACAAUAUUAGGUUUUGGAAUACAAGAUUGGAUGAUCUUAAUUGCUGGAGGAUUUAUAACUUUAUUAAUGAUAUGUAUCUGUUGUACAGGACUUAUUUUUAUCUAUCAAUUCAUAAAAAAACGAAGAUUACGACAAUAUCCGACAUAUCGUGAUGGUAGUAUGGAUUCAACAUAUUCUACUAUAUCGAGAUGA